AAAACAAGUGAAGUCUCCCAAUAAUCGUCAAACGUCCAUAAUAAUUUAUACGACAUGUUUUUUUAUGCUUCUUUUAGACCCAAUUGCAACCUUUUUUUAGGAGUGUAAGAAACAAUAAAUGUAUGCUACAUAAAAUACAUCUGCAUGAAAAAUUUUUCUAAGUUCAGGCUGCCGUCCGGUUGAUGCUUCAAGUGCUUCAAACACUUUCUUCCUUCUUUUCGGAUCUUGUAUUUAAUAUCGUCUUAAAUUUACCUCCAGAUGCCGUAUAGAUCAUUUUAUUGACUAUGGAAUAUCUAAAGAUACACUUAAGACUGUUUAAAUAUAAGAUUCGACUAUAGUAUUCAUAAGUCGGAUCGGAUCUUAUAUUUAAGACCAUGUUAAGUUCAUCUGCAGAUGCUGUAUGGGUCAUUUCAUUGGCUGUGAAGUAUCUGAAGAUACACUUAGCAGUCAAAUAUAAGAUCCGACUAUGAAUUUCCGGUUAGCAAGACGUCGUUAACCAUGCUUAAUAUAAGCCAUAACCUCAAUAUACAUAAUUGACAUAAGUAAAAUAAAGCGGGGUGACUUUAAUUAGAAAAAAUGACAUAUUUAUUUAAUAGACUGGUAUUUAGAAACUUUAUAGGAGUACAUGUUGUCAGAUUCAGUCACAAGGCGGAACACUGGUCUGUGAUUAGAAAAAAGAAGACAAGCAUGGACAAAGCACUGAAGCACUUCGACGAGUUUUACGGUGACGUCUAUGGGAAGUCAUGGCAAGAUAUAAAAACUGCAUUAUUAAUGGAAGACCACAAGUACGCUGCUAUUGUGAAUACCUACAGUGAUAUGGAUAGGAUAAAAUCAGAGUUAGAGUCCCAAGGUGCCAUGAAUGUGAAAGCGAUUUAUGAAACUUACAAGGAACAGAUUGAUACAAAUCCAGAGAGAGUUAAGAGAAAAAAGAAAACGAAAACUUCAGCGAGGCACCAUCGAGUGGCAUCCGUAGUUGCUGAUGCUCAAAGAUCGACCGUGCAAUCGCAUUACCCUGAGGAUCAUGUCACGCCUACAUUUGUCGAGACGGAGGAUGAAGAUAAAGACACAGCACAAGUAAAUCAACCGUCGCAGCCUGUAGAAAUGAAAUCAAUCGAGUCCAACUUGAAUAAAAUUGAACUAGACGAGACCCGAAUCAUAGAACCCAAUGUCGGUUUAGGCGGAAUGUACGAAUUCGUGCCAGCUACGAAAAUCAAAGGGAUGGAGGAUUGGAUAUUGGAGUCGCAACACUAUGGCUACUAUAAGGAGGGUGCGAAUUUCUCAGUAAAUGUCGAGGAAGAGGCAAUACUGACUUUUCCACAGUACCUCAAUAUCUACAUGUUCGAGGAGGGAAACGACAGUAAAUUCCCACCGCCGAGAAAGGGAUCCACCGGGGUUUUAGAUUAUUAUCUCAUGGACGGCGCUUCGAUACUGCCGGUAUUGGCGUUAGAUUUGCAGCCCGGGGACGUUGUGCUGGACAUGUGCGCGGCGCCGGGAGGAAAGACGCUGACUAUACUCCAGACGCUCAUGCCGUCGACGAUGGUCGCUAACGAUAUCAGCAAAUCCAGAGCAGAUAGGAUCCACAAGGUCAUAAACCAGUUUCUGGACGAUAUCGGCCAGUGGCACGACAAACUGUUCGUGACACAGCGAGACGCGCGAUUUAUCACUGAAAACGAUGUGUACAACAAGAUCUUGGUGGAUGUGCCUUGCACUACAGACAGGCAUGUUUUGCACUCGGAUGAGAACAAUAUUUUCAAACCACAGAGAAUACGCGAGAGGUUGCAGAUACCAGAAUUGCAGGCGGAGAUUUUAGCAAAUGCAUUAAAGAUAGUAGCGGUUGGCGGAACGGUCGUGUAUUCAACGUGUUCCCUCAGUCCGAUCCAAAACGACGGUGUCGUCGGCAUGGCGUUGAAAAAAGUCUGGGAGGAGACCAAUUCAAUUAUGUUUGUAAAGGAUAUGAGUCAGGCGCUGAAGCCAUUGCGAUGCCUUUACAGAUUCGACGACUACAGAUUAAAAUAUGGUCAUAUCGCUGUUCCUACGCUUGAUAAUAACUGGGGCCCCAUGUACUUUUGUAAAAUAAUACGAACGCGGUAGUGACAGGCGAGAGUGCGAAUAACUUGAAUAUAAAAAUUAUUGUAGAGACAAUAUACGAUGAUAUUACGUAAUAAAUAUUAUUUUAUGUAGCAAACAGGAAUUUCGAUCAAAUGAACUUAUGUAUAUAUUGGGUUGGCCAAAAAA